AUGGUGAAGAUUUUCGGUGGUUUUUCCAAAAUAGAAGAGUCAGACUUGAAAGCAGUAUGUAAAGAUUACUGCUCUAUGGAUGAAGAAAGACAGAAUAUUAGUGAAGCUGCUAGGGCUUUUAAACGUAAUGAAAGAAAACGUGUUCGAAGAGCCCAAGAAAGUGUUGAGGAAUGUUAUGGAAGACGUAGAUUGCAGAGAUCAAGUGCAAUAAUAACUGUUCAAGAUGUAACAGUAGAUGUCGAAGAGUAUAAUAUUGGCUCAAUGACGGAACAAUGUAGUUAUUGUAAUGCUUACUUCUGGGCCAAAGAAAGAAAUUCUUCUGGCAAAUAUACGAAAUGCUGCCACGAUGGAAAAAUUAAUUUGCCUACACUAAUGGACAUUCCCGAGUUGCUGCAAAAAUUAUUAAGUGAUAAUUCGAUUGAGGCACGAAAUUAUCGAAAUCAUAUCCGGGAAUAUAAUUCUGCUCUUGCUUUUGCAUCAUUUGGAGCACACAUAAAGCCACCUCCUGGAAAUGGACCGUAUUGUUUUCGGAUUCAUGGUCAAAUUUAUCAUAUGGUGUCACCUUUGUAUAGCAAUGAUCAAAAUAAUGCUGGAUACGGGCAGCUGUAUAUUUUUGAUUCAACUGAAGCUACCAACAGACGCAUUGAAAACAAUACUGGAUGUUUACGCUCUGUAAUGGAACAAUUAGAUGGUCUAUUGAGGCAAAUUAACCCUUUUGCUGCAUCAUAUCUUCAGAUGCAUCAGUUUAUUCAAUUAAACCCUGCAACAGAUGUAAAAUUAGUUUUUAUGGAAGAUCCCUCUUCAGAUUUGAGACGGUAUAAUGCUCCCACAUCAAAGACAGAAGUUGCUGCCAUAUUCGUUGGAGACAAUGGGGAACCUCCAUCUAAUCGAGAUUUGUGCAUCUAUCCUGUUGCAGACUCUUGCAAAACUAUUUCUCCUAUGAAUCCAUGCAUUGAUCCAAUGGUCUAUCCACUUCUCUUUCCACAAGGAGAUUGUGGUUGGCAUGCUGGAAUGGAGCAUGUACAAGAGCGACGUACUGCCAAGCGUAUCCGUGUAACCCAAUUACAGUAUUAUGCUUACAGACUUGCUAUCCGCAGUGAGUUCAGCCUUCUUCAUAGCAGUGGAAAGCUCUUUCAGCAGUUCAUCGUUGAUGUUUAUGUCAGAACAGAAGGUUCAAGAUUGAACUAUUUAAGAUUGAACCAGAAAGAUUUACGUGUUGAGUUAUAUCAAGGUCUUUUGGACGCUCUUCAAAGUGAAGCUCACUCAAACAAUGUAAAAAUAGGGAAGUUGAUCAUCUUGCCAUCAACCUUUCAAGGAUCUCCUCGCUCCAUGCAACAAAAUUAUCAAGAUGCCAUGGCAAUUGUUUGA